AUGUCAAAUGAACAUGAACUUGAAUUGCUUCAUCGUCGUGAUGCAAUUCUUCAUGAAACAAUGGACCUUACGUCAAAUGUUGUUCAAUCACUUGAACAACAACAAAAACUUGCAUUUGAUACAAAAGAAAAUUUAUAUAAUCAAAAUCUUUUAUUAUCUUUAGCUAAUGAUAAAAUGCGUUCAAUGAAUCAAGAUUUAACAUCUGUUGUUAAUGAAAUGAAUGAAAUUGAUGCACAUCAUGGUUGUUUAUGUUGUAAUAUGAGAAAAAGUAAGAAAAAAAAAUUUCAACAACAAAACGAUUCUAAAACAAUAAUAAUAUCAAAUACAAAUGAAAAAACAUUAGAAACUAUUAAAAACAGUUCUAGUAUACCACAAAUUAUUGAUAAUAAUAAACAAGAAAAAAAAAUUGUCGAUGAAUUAAAUCAAAUGAGAAAUCAAUUAAUUAUUUUUCAAGAUCAAGUUAAAAUAAUAAAUAAGUCAUUGGAAGAAGGUGAUGAAAUUAUUCAUCAACUUGGAAAUGAAACAAAUCAAUAUAUGCAUGCUAUUACUACAGCAUUGAAUAAAGCUGAACAAGUACUUGGCCGAAAAUUUAUUGUUAAUCAACAGCAACAAGCGAUGGCACGUGAAUGA